AUGGAAGCUCUCUACUCGCAAAAGUUGGUUCAUAAAUAUGAGCAGUGGCAGCAAAGGAGGAAGACUGGAACGCUGGCGAAUAAGACCGUCGCUUUGGAAGGGUUCAGAUUUCCAUGGCCUUUCCCCAAGAAGCCGUCACCGUAUUACAAUAUUGCCUCGUAUCUGACGAUAGGAACGGUGGCAACUGUAGCAAAAUUCCUGUUCAUCAGAGCCGCCAAUGAACUUGUGGUGCACAACAAAGAGCGAUUUAUGAAUGUGUGGGUGGACAGGUCAAGGCCUUUAAUUACUAUUUCAAAUCACAGAAGUAAUCUUGACGAUCCACUGAUGUGGAGCUUCAUAUCAACACGAGAAAUGUACAGAAAUAUUGAUCGUCACCGCUAUACGUUGGCGGCACAUAAUAUCUGCUUCACGAAGCCUCUGCACACCAGGUUUUUUUCUCUUGGUCAAUGUGUUCCUUGCGUACGUGGUGAAGGAGUUUAUCAAAAAGGCAUGGAUUUCUGCGUGGAGAAAUUAAAUGAGAACGGUUGGGUUCACAUGUUUCCGGAAGGUCGAGUCACUAAGGAGCCGCUUCGGUGA